GUCUGCGCGUGCAGGCCACCUCUCCGUACCUCCAGCCAAUUGACUCCAUCGUCGCGGACAUGGUAGACUUGAGAGCAGACGUAUUCGCUACGAUACUUUCGCUCAGUUAGUGGGUUUACGGAGACGGUCAAGGUCUCCGCUCUCUCUUUCUGUUAUCUUCUUCUUCCCUCUCACAACUGUAGUCCCUACUGUCAACCGGCAAGAAGCCUCAAGUUUGCUCUACUUCAUAUGCUCCUCAACGAGCAGUAGUCACUAUCAAGCCUAGCAUGGCCGAGGUUAGUGGACCGCCCGUGGUUGACAUCAGCAGUCUGCGGGAGAGGCUGCCGCAGAAACCAGACCAGCCGUUGAAGGCCGACUCGACGGAUACAGCGCAAGAAGCUGUCAAGGCGCUCAACGAUCACGAAGCCAACGAUGACAAGGACGAGAAGGAGAAGAAAACCUUCGGUCGGACACCGGAUGGCACAGUGUUCACUGUUCCUCACACCGAGGACAUGGUAUCACAGCUCUUCGACCCAAGGCAACCUAAGAAUGCUUCAGACAUUGCAGUUGUCACCGCAUUGGCGUACUUGUUCGCGCUCUUCUACUUCUUACCGCCAGGCUGGAGAGUACCCGUAUUCGCGGUGACUUUUCUGUUCUGGAGGACGUGUUACAACGUCGGCAUAGGCUGGUUGCUGCACAACCAAUCACACUAUCAGCGUCUCGUGGCCUGGGCCAAGAAAGCGCGCAUUUUUGAAAACCCGGAGACAGGCAACAAUCCGCACCCAUUCCUGUACAAGUUCUUGAAGCAGGAGAUGGAAGCUAAGAUACCCAAGGACUACAAGUUCGAAGACGCGCCGAUAGAGUACAACACCUGGCUGGUAUUUCGUCGCGUGGUUGACCUGAUUCUAAUGUGCGACUUCACGUCGUACAUACUCUUUGCUGCAGCAUGCGGAGGUCGUCCACCGAGCGAGAAAACAAUGAUGACUGUUGCACGCUGGGUCGGUGGCUGGCUCCUGGUAGCGUUCAAUCUCUGGGUGAAACUUGAUGCCCAUCGAGUCGUGAAGGACUUUGCAUGGUACUGGGGCGACUUCUUCUUCCUUAUCGAUCAAGAGCUUACCUUCGAUGGCGUAUUCGAGCUUGCGCCUCACCCUAUGUAUUCGGUCGGCUAUGCUGGCUACUACGGCAUCUCCAUGAUGGCUGCGAGCUACAAGGUGCUAUUUAUCAGCAUAGUCGCCCAUGCUAUGCAACUGGCGUUUCUUGCACUGGUGGAGAGUCCGCAUAUCGAAAGGACAUACAACUCACCACCUCCACCAAAGCGACCGGAUGAAGUGCCUGCGACAAUGCAGCGGCCACCGUACAAGACACGAUUGCUUAGUGCCGGCGACAGUAUUAAGCAUCUGUCAUCUGCGGCCGACCAUGAGCCCUCUAGCGUUGUGCAUCUAAUAGGCUUGCACAACAUUGACUUACACCGUGUUGCUGACGUCUCGGUGCUGGUGCUGCAAGUUUACCUCUACACCCUAGCGUUUAUUACACCUUCAACAAAGGCAUGGCAGACCUUCUUCGUCGUGAGCGCCGUAAUAUGGAGACUGUGGUACUCGAUUGGAAUUGGCAUCAUUCUUGACCGCCAGUCCAAUGAGAAGAAGUGGACUCGUCACUUCCUCAAGUAUGGCGACGGCACCGAAGAAGCUUGGCGCCAAUGGAAAGGCAUCUACCAUCUGAGCACCGUGCUGUGUUACAGCUCGUUCAUCUGCGCCAGCUACAAGAUGUACGGCUUGCCGGAAGAUUGGACGAUUGGAAUGGCGACCCUGCGACAUGUACUUGGCGUUGCGCUCAUUGCGCUUCAACUGUGGACAAUCGCAAGCAUUUACGAAUCACUCGGCGAGUUCAACUGGUACUUCGGCGACUUCUUCUUCGAGCAGGCGCCGAAGCUGAAUUACGAUGGCAUCUACCGCUACCUGAACAAUCCAGAGCGCACCAUUGGUCUUGCAGGUGUAUGGGGCGCUGCAAUCAUCACAUGGAGCAAAGCGAUCUUUCUCCUGGCAUUACUGAGCCACGCCCUUAGCCUGUGCUUCAUCCAAUUCGUGGAGCGGCCGCAUAUGCAGAAGCUCUACCGCCGAAGCAUGCGUGAGACUUCUGGCGUUUCGAGGAGUAUACACCGCUCCCUUCCGUCACCGCUGCAGAAGUGGACCGGAAGCGUUGAUAAAGCGUUGGACAGCAGCAUCGAGUAUCUCGAGGAUGUCAUUGAGGCUGCACGACCGAAGCUUGCUGAAGGCUUAAGCACGUUCGUGACCGACUCCAGGACGUUGUUUCGACAAUUUCCGGCGCGGAUCAGCAUCACACGACUGGCGCCAGACCUCGCGGAACUGGAUGAGAAGGCUUACUCACUAGAGAUCGAUACGACGCAACCUGGAGUUGGCUACGAUCAAGCCACGCGUAGUGGCAGAGAAGGCGAGGACGCGCAACCACCGCCGAAUGAUCCGGACAGCUUCAAGAAGCUUACGGUAGAGUACGGUACACCUAUCAAGGUAAAAUGGACAGCUCCGCUGAGGCAUGGAAAGAGGGAUUGGGUAGGGCUGUAUAUGGUGGGUGAUAACCCUUCUCAUGACGUGACCAGAGUGUCUUCACAGGGGAGAUGGAUCGCCACAACGAAGGGAGCGUGGGAAUACAGCCAUGCUGAUGAGGGCGUUCUGGUUAGCGACCAGAAAGUUCCAGCCUCUGAAUUGGCGAAGAGUGGCGGGGAAGACUGUGUAUGUGGCGAGAUGCAAUUUAGCGGAGACAAGCUCUGGUGGACGCAAGGCAUCUUCGAGUUUCGCUACCACCACGACGCAAACUACAACGUCAUGGCGGUGUCGCAGCCCUUCGAGAUACGCAUCAAGCACUUCGAGGACGAGAACAUCGACUACACCGCGGAUGAGUCGGUCCGGAGAACUAUUGAACAAGCGCUGCUGCCGGUGGUGCAGAACUGCUUCGAUCGUGACCCCGACGUGGCUCCGCGCACCGCGGACGAAGCCUUUGGACCGACGCUGGAGCGGGAGGGGAAAUACGCGAAGCGCGUCGUGUAUGCUGUCCAGCAGAUGUUCGGCAUCGAGUUUGCGCCCGAGGUGGUGCAGGCGGACGGUAAUGUGAAAAACCUUGCGUGGAGGUUGUGCAAUGCGAAGAAAGUUCUGGCACCGUACAGUAUGGGACAUUCGAGAGGGCCUACAACGCCGCAGGGCAGUAGCGGAUGAUGCGAAAGGGAUCAGUACAUACAAAAGUUGGCUUGUACAUACGAAUGGCGGCUUUGGUAUGAUGUAAGCAAGUUUCCCGUUAUAUCGGACUGCGAAUGAAGCGCAAGGUGGAGUGCCGAAGCUGCGCUCAUCGGUCAAGAGGAUUAUAGCACAUUUCUUGUUGCGCCAUGCCGCUCACCAUUGUAUCGUCGUAGUCGUCAGCGGUAGGCGAAUCUAGUGGUGC